GUGGUGGCGCUGGGAGAAGGGUUGAGAGAGAGAGAGAGAGAGAGAGGAGGGCAGGCGAGGUCGAGGGUUGGAGCUCCGGCGGGCUGCUACGUGCGAUGGCACGCGGGAUGGGCGGCUCCUCUCCUCUGGCGGCCGACUGUGAUGGCAGGACAAGGCAAGGGCCUGGGCAGCACAGGGAAAAAACUUGCGAGUGUUUUCACUUUUUUAUCCGUCUAGCGCUGUCUUUGGUAAAAUGUUAUGCCACGUCAGCGAAAAAUAGGACCCAUCUAUCAUAAUCUCACUUAACAAAGCAAGAUCCGCCGAUCAGUGGAUUUUGCAAAAAGAUUACAUAAGACGUGGUGUUUUGUGAAAAAAAAAAUAUAACGUAGUGUUUUCUGUAAACCUAGCCUUCAAAGUGGUGGUUUCCUGCAAUUUAUUCAAAGGAAACUUGGCCCUCGAUCGAAUCUGGCCUUGUUCCAUUAUCUGGAUCCUGCCUUGCUAGAUUUUGUCCCUAAAAAAGAAUCAACUUACUAGAUUUUGAGCAGGAAAUUGAGGAAUUAUUAUUACUCCGAUCUUGCCAUGGCAUCCUGAAUUCCUGAUGCGUGUGCUGCGAGCAUGCAUGCAUCAAGAUCAUGCAGAUCCUGGCCUGCCUGGCUGGCCCCUGUAGGUAUAGCUCCAUCUGGUACGUACACGUAGGUGGGUCUGCCAAGCACGCCUCAACGAUGGCCGCGCAUCUCCAUGCGAUCCUGCGCACGAUGCUCAGGUGCCGCCUGACCCUGCACCCCGGCGCCGUCCCGCACAUGAGGAGGCCCCCUCCUCUCCCCCCUCCUCCUACUCAUCAUGCCAGCUUCUUCAUGCCGGCGCGGGGGCUCGCCACGAGAGCGAGCAAGAACAAGAUGGAUGCCACAGCUGCCAUAGGCGGCACGCCGCUCUCGACGACCCCUGAUGCCGCCGCCGUUGCAGCGAGAGGCGACGGCGACGGCGAUGGGAAGAAGGCCGAGGCCGCGAAGAUGGUGACGACCACGAAGAAGGGCGCGGCGGUGCUGGACCUGCAAAUCCCCGAUGACAUAAAGAAGUCGUGGCACGUCCUGCAACUGGAUGAUGAGAUCUAUGACGCGACCUUGAACCAGACCAACGUCGGGGCCAACAACAAUAAGUUCUUCAUCAUCCAAGCUCUAGAAUCUGAUGGUGGUGCAAGCUGGAUGGUCUACUGGAGAUAUGGGAGAGUAGGCCACCGAGGUCGGAGCGAGCUGCGCGGUCCCAUGCCACGGGACCAAGCGGUCGAUCUAUUUGAAUUCAAAUUUAAGGAUAAAACCGGCAAUGAUUGGUCCUGUCGCAAGAAACUCAGCUGCCGCCCAGACUACUACACCUGGCUUGAAAUGGACUAUGGUAAAGGUGACGACGAAACGGGUAAGACUCAGAAGAAAUACUCCGUUGCCGAUCAGAUAAGAGAGACAAAGCUUGAGACUCGGACUGCACGUUUCAUAUCCGUGAUCUGCGAUAUUAGCAUGAUGAAGCAGCAAAUGAUGGAAAUCGGUUAUAAUGCUGAAAAACUUCCUCUUGGAAAGAUAAGCAAAUCUACAAUACGCAAGGGUUAUUCUGUUUUGAAGCGGAUCUCUAGCGCUCUUCCAAAGGCUGACCCGAUACAGCUGGAAGAAUUGACUGGGGAAUUCUACACCGUGAUUCCUCAUGACUUUGGUUUCAAAAAGAUGCGUGAAUUUAUCAUUGACACUCCCGAGAAACUGAAAGCUAAGCUGGAAAUGGUUGAAGCCCUUGGUGAGAUUGAGAUUGCGACCAGGCUUCUGGAAGACGACCAAAGCGAUCGGGACGAUCCUUUGUAUGCUCGAUACAAGCAGCUUCAUUGUGACUUUACACCUCUGGAAGUUGAUUCGGAAGAAUACUCCAUGAUAAAAACAUAUUUGACGAACACACGUGCCAAAAGACAUUCGGGUUAUACGGUCGACAUAGAGCAGAUAUUUAAGGUGACAAGGCAGGGUGAAACAGAGCGGUUUCAGAAGUUCAUCGGUGCAGGAAACAGGAUGCUUCUAUGGCAUGGCUCUCGGUUGACAAACUGGACCGGGAUAUUUUCUCGGGGUUUGCGAAUCGCUCCUCCUGAAGCGCCUAGCACCGGCUACAUGUUUGGGAAAGGGGUUUACUUUGCUGACAUGUUCUCCAAGAGUGCAAACUACUGCUGUCCUUCACAAGCAUCUAGAUCUGGAGUGCUGCUUCUAUGCGAGGUUGCGCUAGGCGAGAUGAACGAGCUACUGGAUGGCGAUAUAAAUGCUAAUAACCUGCCCGAGGGUAAACUAAGCACGAAGGGGGUUGGGAAGACGGCACCGGACAUGGCGGAAUCCAAGAUCACCGAUGACGGCGUGGUUGUUCCGCUCGGGAAACCUAAGAAGGCAUCCCGCGAUAACGGCGUCCUUUACUACAACGAGUACAUAGUGUACAACUUGGACCAGAUCAGGAUGCGGUAUGUCCUCCAUGUUUCCUUCAACUACAAACAGUAGUAGAUGGUCGCGUGCCAAGGGUGACCAAGCGCCAAGAUCCCGGUAUCUCCUUUGCGGAAUCCAAUUUUCGAUGGCAAAUUAUUAUCAACAAAUGAAUGUGGAGGAAAGUGUGAGUUUGGUCCAGCUUGUGGAGAAAAUUUGAAUUUCUCGGUGUAGCAUUAGGCAGUGCAGAUUCUUAUGGAGAUCAAGUAUUAUCUUGUUUCUACAUAAUACUUUGUCAUUUGUAAUAUUAUUAGUAAUAAGAGGUAAAGUAUUUCUGGUUUUCACGCCCUUUUAUGCGUGCAGUCGGGUUACAAAUUUACAUAUACAACAUGAAACCAACCAUGUCAUCAUAUGGUAUUACAAACAUGAUAGCAUUGUCAAAAGCUUUAAGAUGAAAA